ACAAAGUACGAAAAUCCCUACGUGAACAUUCUAGGAUUAAUUAUGCUGACUUGGAAAAUGGUUUAACUGGAAACCCAUAUAAAUGGAAACGAGUUCUUGAUUCAAAAUCUUUUGUUAAUCAUAAAUUUCCAAAAAUACGAGGUGAUCAAUUAACAUUAGAUUGGAUUCGAACUUUUGGACUUGAUGAACCAAUCAUUAUAGAUAAUCCUGAAGGACUUGAAAUGAAAAUGCCUUCAAAAGAUAUAACUGUUAGUUACAUCGCUGCAACUGUUGGUUACGAUACGCCAGUUGACGUCAUUGAACAACCUAGUUGGAAUCUGUAUCAAUGGGCUAAUUAUUUUGAUGGACCAAAGCGAGAUCAAGUUUUGAAUGUUAUAAGCUUAGAGAUUAGUGGAACUCCUUUAGGUGAUUCUAUA